GUGUGACGUCAUUGGCUCCGCCCACACAGGUUUCUUCCUGUUUUCAUGAAGGGAAUGACAAUCCUCGACAUGCAGGAUGAUGAAGAGACAGACGUCAGGAGUCAGAGAAGAUGAUGGACUGAAGACUGAAGAAAGAGCACAAUAUCAUCAUGUCCAGCAGAGAGAGCAGAGCUGUUGUUCGCAGUUCUGCUCGCAGGAGAAGACGGAGCAAAGAGAAAGAUCCUCCCUUCAUGAGCGAUGUGACUCCUCUGAGGAUUGUUCUUCUGGGGAAGAGCGUGUCAGAAAACAGUGAAGUGGGAAACUUCCUGUUGGGACGAGCAGCAUUUGACAGUGAAGCUCCUCCAGAUGUUGUAGAGAGAGUCGGAGGAAGAUUGAAAGACAGACAUGUGAUGAUCAUCAACAGUCCUCAGCUGCUCCAGACAAACAUCUCAGAUCAUCAGAUCACACAGACAGUGAGAGAGUGUGUGUCUCUGUCUGAUCCAGGACCUCAUGUCUUCAUACUCGUACUGCAGUAUAAAGACUUCACUGAGGAGGACAUGAGAAGAGUGAAAUAUGUGCUGGAGAAAUUCAGUGAAGAGGCGAUUAAACGCACUAUAGUGAUCACAACUGAUGAAGAAACUGAUGAAGGAGCAUCUGUGAAAACUAAUGAAUUAAUUCAUCAAUUCACCACAGAGUGUGGAGGAGGACAUGUUCAGCUCGAUAAUGAAAUAGACAGACUGAUCUCUGGAGUAUCUCAACAACUAGAGAAGAUACUCAGAGAAAACAAUGAAGAUUUUCUCACAUGUGAGCUGUAUUAUGAUGCAGAAGAAACACUGGUGGAUGAAGAUCUGAGCAGAUCUUUUGCUUCACUCAGAACAGAGGAAGAUCCUGAUGGUUUAAGAGAAAACACAGAUGAAGUGAGGAUUGUGCUGCUGGGAAAAACUGGAGUUGGGAAAAGUGCAACUGGAAACACAAUCUUAGGAAGAGACGCAUUUACAGCAGAAACAUCUCAUGAGUCAGUGACUAAAGAGAGUCGGAGAGAAACAUCUGAAAUCAACGGCCGACACGUUACUGUGAUCGACACUCCAGGACUGUUUGAUACUGAACUGAGUAAUGAGGAGAUCCAGAGAGAAAUCAGCCACUGCAUCUCCAUGAUCCUGCCUGGACCACAUGUGUUCAUCAUUGUGCUCAAUUUAGGACAACGAUUCACUCAAGAAGAAGCAACAUCAGUUAAGAUCAUCCAAGAGACAUUCGGUGAGAAAUCUCUAAAGUACACCAUGGUGCUCUUCACCAGAGGAGAUGAUCUGAAGAACAAAACCAUUGAACAGUUUCUAGGAAAACCUGGAUCUCCUUUGAUGAACCUGAUUGAAGCGUGUGGAAACAGAUUCCAUGUGUUCAAUAAUAAUCAGACUGGAGACCGAACACAGGUGUCUGAUCUACUGGAGAAGAUAGACAAUAUGGUGACAGCGAACGGAGGGAGUUUCUACUCAUGUAAGAUGUUCAGAGAGAUGGAGAGAGAGAAACAAGAACAACAGAUGAAGAUCCUGAUGGACAGAGUCAGAGAAAGAGAAGAGGUGAUGAACAAACACAAAGAAGAGAUGAGACAAGAACGAGAGAAACUUACAAAUAAAAUUGAGCAACUGAGACAAGAAAAAGAGAAAAUAAAAACAGAAAAGGAAAAAUGUCAAAUCAAAUAUGACACAGAAAUAGACAGACUGAUGAACAGAAUAGAGAAUGAGAGGAAGAAAAGAGAAGAUGAAUUUACUGAAAGAGAAGAACAAUAUAAAACACUAUUGAAAGAGAAAGAAAAUCUGAUAAAGAAACAUGAAGAAGAGAAAGAGAGAAUAAAGAUGAUGCUGGAGGAAGAACGACAGAAUGAUGACAAAGAGAGAAAGAGAAGAGAAGAAGAACUCAAAAGAGAAAUAAGAGAACAAGAGAAACAUCAGAGAGAGAUACGAGACGAGAUGAGACAAGAACGAGAGACAAUCAAACGUGAAAUAGAGGAAAUGAAGCGAGAAAAAGAGAAUCUUCUGAUCAAAUACAACACAGAAAUAGACAGACUGAUGAACAGAAUAGAGAAUGAACAACAGAAUCAUGAAACAGAGAGAAAGAGAAGAGAAGAAGAAUUUAUUGAGAGAGAAGAACAAUAUAAAAGAGAAAUGAAAGAGAAAGAAGAGAGCGAGAAAAAGAUCCAUGAGGAGAUGAAGAGAGAACGAGAGGAAUGGGAGAAACAAAAGCUAGAGGAAAAGAAGAGAAGAGAAGAAGAGGAUGAGAAAAGAAGAGAGAAAGAACAGAGAGUUUUGGUUGAAUUUAAUAAUAAACUGAAAAUGAUGAUGGAGGAAGAACGACAGAAUCAGGACAAAGAGAGAAAGAGAAGAGAAGAAGAACUCAAAAGAGAAAUACAAGAACAAGAGAAACAUCAGAGAGAGAUACGAGAUGAGAUGAGACGAGAACGAGAGAUAUUUAAACAUGAAAUAGAAGAAAUGAAGAAAGAAAAGGAAAAACUUCAGAUGGAAAUAGACAGACUGAUGAACAGAAUAGAGAAUGAAAGACAGAAUCAAGAAACAGAGAGAACGAAAAGAGAUGUGAUAGAAGAGCGAUAUAAAAGACUACUGAAAGAGAAAGAAGAGAGUGAGGAAAAGAUGCAUGAGGAGAUGAAGAGAGAACAAGAGACAAUUAAACAUGAAAUGGAAGAAAUGAGGCAAGAAAAGGAGAAAAUAAAAAAAGAAAAAGACCAUCUUCAGAUGGCUUCAGACAGACUGAUGAACAGAAUAGAGAAUCAUGAAACUGAAAGAAAGAGAAGAGAAGAGGAGUUUAAUGAGAGAGAAGAACAAUAUGAAAAAGAAAUAAAAGAGAGAGAAGAACUGAUGAAGAAACAUGAAGAAGAGAAAGAGAGAAUGAAGAUGACGAUGGAGGAAGAACGACAGAAUCAUGAUGAAGAGAGAAAGAGAAGAGAAGAAGAAUUCAGAGAGAGAGAAGAACGAUAUAAGAGAAUAAUUAAAGACAGAGAGGAAAGAGAGAAUGAAAUGAUUGAACAGAUGAAACUGGAACGAAUGCAGUGGGAGAAACAGAAACAAGAGGAAAGACAGAAAAGAGAAGAAGAGAAGAAGAAACAAGAAGAAGUUAGUGAUCAGAGGAAGAGCUAUGGAGCAAAAAAAAUGGAGAAGACAAAUCUGUGUUUAAAUCUGGUCUUGCUGGGAAGAACGGGAGUUGGGAAAAGUUCAUCAGGAAACACAAUACUGGGAAGAGAAGCUUUCAUAUCAAUGAAAAGCUCCACUUCAGUCACUCAACGCGUUGCUGAUGAAGUCAGUCGCGUUUGUGGAUUACCGAUCACUGUUUAUGACACACCAGGAUUUUCUGAUACAGAGUUCAGUAAGGAAGAUCUUCAGAAAUAUGAAGAAAUUCUUCAGAAAUGUGAAUCAGGCCUGUGUGCAUUUCUGCUUGUUCCUCGGCCUGGCAGUUUUACCACAGAAGAGCUGGAAAUUCUGGAGAAGAUUGAGGAGCUCCCAGGAGCAAAGCGCAUACAUAACACCUGGAUUCUCUUUACAAGAGGGGAUGAACUUGAAGAAAAAAAGAAGACCAUAAAUAAAGUCAUCAAAGAAACUGAAUACUUAGAGAACCUUGUUCAGAAAUAUCAAGGCAGAUGCCAUGUGUUCAACAACAAGGAUAUAAGACGACGUGAUGAUCAAGUGAAUUCACUGAUAUCUAAAGUUUUCUAUAGGAACUUAGAAAAUUUGCCAAAAAGACAAAGAACUUCAGUCAACAUCCCUGUCAACAGUCAUUUAUCCAGAAGAAUCGUGCUGCUGGGUAGAAGUGGUGUUGGGAAGAGUGCAGCUGCAAACACAAUACUAGGACAGAGAGAGUUUGAAUCUAUAGUUGGCUCAAAUUCAGUGACCCGUGAAUCUUCAGUGAAACAUGCCACUGUUUCUGGCAGGAAAGUGUCUGUAGUUGAUACUCCUGGAUUCUUUGACACACAGAUGAGCUCUGAGCAGUUAAUGAUGGAGAUAGCCAGAAGUGUUUAUUUAUCCAGUCCUGGACCUCACGCUUUUCUCAUUGUGUUUCCUGUGAAUAGAUUCACUCAGCAGGAGGAAGAAAUUCCUCAAAUCAUUGAGAUGUUGUUUGGUGAAGAAGUGUUGAAAUACUCCAUGAUUCUCUUCACUCAUGGAGAUCAGCUAGAAGGAAGGUCUGUAGAAGAAAUCAUUGAGGAGAACAGCAGAUUAAAACGUGUAGUUGGUCAGUGUAGAAGCAGAUUUCACGUCUUCAACAAUGAAGAUAUGAAUAACAGAGAGCAGGUGAAUGAUCUACUGCAGAAGAUUGACACAAUGAUAGAGCAGAAUGGAGGAGGACACUACAUUAAUCAGAUGUUUGAAGAUGCUCAGAGAUUCAGAUGAGAGGAAGAGAUUAGGAGAUUAAAACAGGAGACAGAACAGAGAAUCAGAGCAGAGAUACAGCGUGAGAACAAUGAGAGACAAGAACAAGUUCAGAUUCAAAGACAAGAGGAGAUUGAGAGAGUGAGAAUGAUGAGAGAGGAGAGAAUCAGAGCACAGUAUAAAGCUCAAAUGAUGUCUGAAAUGAGAAGACUUAAAGUUGAAAGACAGAGAGAGGAAGAGGCCAGAAAACAACAAGAGGAGAAACAAAGAAAAGAGGAGAGAAAACAACAAAAAUAAAUUCAGGAAUGUGUCUUUAGUUGAUACUCCUGGAUUCACUGACAAAGAUAAUGAAACAGAUAGCAAGAACUGUUUAUUUAUCCAGUUCUGGACCGCACACUUUUCUCAUUAGCCGCUGUUCCACUGUCGGGCCAGUGCGAGCCAGGGCUUUCAGCGGGCCAAGCUAGGCUAAUAGCCCCAGAGUGUAACUGUUAACGUCUUUAUUCCAAACCCAUUAAGAUGUAUCAGUUGUCAAAAGUUUGGACAUGGCUCUGUAUGGCAGUAUGUUAUAACUGUGUACAAGACCAGCAAAAUGCAGUAACUGCACAGCUGAUCAGUUUGUGCAGCAUGAAGCAAGGAAAAGGAAAUUCAAAGAGUAAAAUGUAUGGAGAAAGUGAGUUACACUGAAGCAAGAAAAAAAAUUGAGGAGUUUCCAAUUUUUAAUUUGACAUUCAGCAGUGUUCAUGAUUGGUUUUACCACAGAUGCAUAUGAUUUCUUCAGACAGAAUUGACUCGGGUGAAUAAUGAUAAGCCACAGUAUGUAAAUAAAAAUCCAAGCUCAAGUAAAAAGAGGACUAAAAGUACCCAAACCUUGACGAUACUGUCACAGAAACGCCAGGCUCCACCGUCACCAGAAUACUAAUCACGCACACCUGCACGUCAUCAGCACACUCAUCACUGGCAUUAUAAAGGACUCUCAGUCAGACACGCUCAUUGUCUGGUCUUGUUAGCAUCUUACCUGUAUGAUCACCUCAAGGACUCUGUUGUACUGCUUACCUGUCUCCAGUGUUUCUCCUUUUCUCCUCCUGUGUGCUCCGUCUUCUCCUCCUGUGUGCUCCGUCUUCUCCUCCUGUGUGCUCCGUCUUCUCCUCCUGUGUGCUCCGUCUUCUCCUCCUGUGUGCUCCGUCUUCUCCUCCUGUGUGCUCCGUCUUCUCCUCCUGUGUGCUCCGUCUUUGUGUUUGUUCUCCAACGUCAUCAUUGUGUCUGGAUGUCUGCAUUCUGCCACAAUCCUUCACCAACAAAACAAAGGGCAGUAUUACCAUUCUCAUUCUCACGAUUCACCUGAAGAUUUGCCAUUCACUCACCUGCUUCACUGUUGUUCAUCUGGUUGUGAAAUAAACAUCUUAUAUUUAUA